AUGGAGGUGGAGGCAGCUGUGAGGAAGAGGAAGAUGCCCCGGGACACCCAGGCAGACAAGGAGCUGAGGAUGGAGACCAGGGAGGACAAAUCCCCACAGCAGAACCUCGCAGAAGAGGCUGUUUUGAGUGGCUCCACAGCCCAGGAAUCCAACGGGGAGGAAUAUCCCCAGAGAUCCUGCACGAGGAGGGGCUGCAAACGCAGAUCACAGGGAUCCGAGGGGAUAAGAGCCACCUUGGGCCGGAGAGGCAGCCGGAGCGCGGAACUGGGGUUCCAUGAGCAGCUUCACAAUGGAGAGAAGUCCUACAAGUGCUCUAAAUGUGGGAAGAGCUUAAGCCAGAGAUCCUCUCUGAUCCGCCACUGGAGAAUCCACGCUGGGGAGAGGCCCUAUGAGUGUGAGAAAUGCAGGAAGAGAUUUCAUAACAGAUCCACUCUCCUCAGGCACCAGCAGAUUCACACAGAGGAGAGGCCCUUCUGCUGCCCCGACUGUGGGAAGGGCUUCAAGCACAACUCCACCCUUGUCAACCACCGACGCAUCCACACCAGGGAGAGGCCCUACGAGUGUGGGGAGUGUGGGAAGAGCUUCACCCAGAGCUCCACCCUGACUGCCCACCAGAGGAGACACACAGGGGAACGGCCCUAUGAGUGUGCUGAGUGUAAGAAGAGCUUCAGGACCAGCUCUGAACUGACUGUCCACCAGAGGAUCCACAUGGGGGAACGGCCCUACGAGUGUGGGCAGUGUAAGAAGAGCUUCAGACGGAGCUGCCACCUGAUCCGCCACAUGGGAGUAAAUUGCUGUGUAAAAACGCUCGCUCGCGGAGUCCACACAGGGGAACGGCGGCCCUAUGAGUGUUGGGAGUGUGGGAAGAGCUUCAGGAUGAGCUCCGAACUGAUUGUUCACCAGAGGAGCCACACAGGAGAGCGGCCUUACGAGUGUGAUAAAUGCAGGAAGAGGUUUUACAGCACUUCCCAUCUCCUCCUCCACCAGCAGAUUCACACAGACGAGAGGCCCUUCCGCUGCCCCGACUGCAGGAAGGGCUUCAGGCAAAACUCCACCCUCAUCAGGCACCGGCGCAUCCACACCGGGGAGAGGCCCUACGAGUGUCCUGAGUGUGGGAAGAGCUUCUCAGUCAGCUCAAACUUGACCCAACACCAACAGAGGCUCCACAGAGGUAGCCCUGCAAGUGCCCCGGGUGUGGGAAGAGCAUCGUGUGCUGCUCCAGCUCUGUCCCUCAUGGGAGGAUCUGCAUUGGAUGAUCCCCAGUGACCCCCAGUGGGCAGGGCCCCAGUGAUCUGUGUUGGGAAGACACCUGGCUGGGGGACUUCACUUUCUCCUGGUUCCCUGUGGGCACCUGGACACAUCCACAGACCAACAUCAGAAAUCCAUUGUGGACAGCAGAUUCGUUGACUUCUGACCCCAAAAAAAUGUCACUUUUUGCAUCCUCUGUAAAGUGGUGACAUCAAGCAUCAAGCAACACUGGAUGGCCUUGGCCUGCGCCAACAUAAAUCCAUCCUUUAAAUUCUCUCUGGCCCAUGGGCA